UUCUACUUGAAAGCAAAAACACGUAAAAAAAAUUAUCGUAGCAUCAUGGGGUUGAUUUAUUGAAUGACAUGGAUACGAAUUGAAUUCGUUUAAACUGGGAAGACUAGCUGUGAGUGCCAUUGACGGCACUAGACGUCCAAUCUGGAGGUCCAGCAGCGACAAUGGCAACCGAUGAGUUCAAUGAGUGUCCUACAAAGGGUUAAUAAAGUUGUCAUGAGUCAAAUUAGAAACUAUUUGGGGACACGAGUAAGGAAAUAAAAGUAGUGUAGUAAAGAAUGUCCCCUUUAAAAAUCAGGUUCAAGCGCUUCAGUGCCUUAUUUUUGCCUGACAACAACCCGAAGGCGCCUCACGUUGCUUAGCAACGCCAGACGCGGAUGCCAGCGGUCGGCAACACGCCGCCAGACGGUCAAAAGGAAGGAAGCGGCGGCAGUGUUUGACGAUGCGGCGAGAUGACGACGCGACCUUCGGGGAGCUGGUGGACGAGAGUUUCGGGGGGGCCCGCGCGGGCGUGCUGGACUUGGGCUCUUUGCGCCGGCUGCUGCUCGCCAUCCUCACCCGCUUGGGGAUCCGCGACGAGCCCGCUCACGGUUCCGAGGUGGUUGCUCGCAUCCGGGCCUGCGAGGACGGACUAGCGCAGGUCCUGAAGCUGGUUGAGGACAUUCAGUCACAGACGUCAGCCCUCAAGCUGCAAUCCGAAGAGCUUCACAUCCGCCAGCAGGGCGAGCUGAGGGACGCGGGCGUGCGAUUGGAAGCUCGCAUAGAUGCGCUGGAGACGCAAAAGGCCGACGGCGAGCAGAUGGAUAUCCUACGACGACUCAUCCGCGACACGGACCAGCGUGAGACAUGCCGACACCUGGACGAGCGCGUGAGGCUUCACGAGGAAGCUAUCGAGCGUUUGACCAAGGAAUGCCGUCAACUGGAUGACCUCCAAAGGGUUUUGGACCGCAUGAAGUUGACAUUGACCUCUGACCCAUACAAGCAGAGCAUUCAAAGUAUCAAGAACUUCGGCAAAAAGUCGAGUCUUCCAGCAGACUCCGAGACGGCCGCCGCAGACGAGCUGUCUGGCAGUGUGUCGGCGUCCAUCUUGAAACUUAAACGCGAGUGUGACGAACUGCAAGAGGCCAUCGGGUGUCUCCGUGACGACAACAAACACAAACACGUCCACAUCCAGCACCUGCUGAGGACCUCUGAGAAUCUGCAGGAGAACAAAAUCGACAAACGCUCCCUUCACGUUGAAGUCAAAAAGCAGCUGGAAGCUCAGUGGAAGAGUUUCCAGAGGAGCCGCCAAAGGCCUCACAGUCCGGAAGACUCUUGGCUUGACGUCCAGGACGGCAAUGCUGCAGCUAUCAGAAAACAGCUGCUGGACACACAUCAUUGUCUGUCAUGUGACCGUCACAUCGUGACGCAACUUUAUGCAGCAAAAAGUGUCUUGCGGGCGUGGCCUUCCGGCAGCAGCACCAGGCCUACGUCAGAGCUGCAGGGCUUCAGGUACCCUUCGGUAUCCCGCAGCUGUGGCGGGGGGCGUGCGGUUUCCACGCCCUCUCGGCGACUCCACAGCGGGUGGAGACCCCGCAGCCAUAUGGGGGCGCCAGCUCCCCCGAGUCCAAAUAACUUGGAUUGUCAAUGUUAGCUGAUGGGUUCAUAAGGAAGAGUGUAAUGACAAUGUAAGGAUUUCAUAUUGGUCCAUGUUGAUUCUUAGCGAAUUUGUUUUUUUGAUUCAAGUGUUAUACGGAGGCUACUGCUGAUUUAUUUGAACAUUAUUUUAAAUAGGUCCGCUAGUUCAUUAAUUUGAUAAUAAAGUAAAAUGGCAUAUUUUCGGACUAUAAGUCGCCUCCGAGAAUACUGUAAGUCGCACCAGCCAAAGAAUGGACAAUGAAGAGCGAAAACAACAUUUAUGAGUCAAAUUUUAUGAGGGAAAACAUUACAUUUAUAAUAAAAAAACAACAGAAAAAAACCCUUUAUUAUUAUUAUUAAUGUAUUAGUCAAAGUUAGGGUACAAUCUGUAAAAAAAAAAAAAAAAAAUGUUUUAGUUAGAUUUACUUCCUGGGUCGUGACCUCACCAGGAUGACAUCAUAUCAAGAAGCCCCUCCCUUCCUCGCAUUGAGCGUUUUCACAACAUGAAUAAAAUUGGAAGCGUUGCUCUCUGAAUAUUCAUACUCUACAUUAUUCACAUACUUUUUUUUUUUACACAUGAUUCAACAAAUAAUUUGAAAGGUUUGGCGGUGAAUGGUGUUGGCAGCAAAGGAGUUCAUGCCGGUAAAACCGUAUAAUUAGAAUACAUAAGUACAGGUAAUCCCCUACAUGAUUUCUAUUUUACAUUGCCAGACUAUUGUCCGCCAUUUUGUUUCCAGUCGUUUAUUUUUGGUUUUGUGGCAUAAACAGUACCUUAUUGUACCUAACAGUAUUAUAUUUAUUAAUUUAUUUUAAACGUAAGCUUUCAAAAGUGACAACAACUACUGAGCAAGAACCAAGGAUUGAAAAUGUGGACCAUGAAAUGCCAGAGAGCGCCGCCGAAGUGCUGAGCGGAGUUUUAAUUUGCCCCACUAACGACGCUAAUUGUACAACACAGCCACCACUGGUAUCUUGCCAAUGUAGUUACCCCCAUCAAAAAUUGCAUCCCCUGGCCGCGGGAGCGCACACAUUAGUUAUGAGUUAUGUUGACUUGAACAAUUACUUGAAGCCAGAAAAGAACCACAGCUAUAUAUUUUGGACAUCCAACGUUUAUUAAACUGUAGAAACGCCAUACAGGACUUGAAUUAUACUAAUAACAGUUAUAGGUCAUCCUACGAGUAAAAGAGUAAAACGUUGCCUUUUUUUUGAUGUUCAGUACUUGUGUUAGGUUAUAUGACAGAAAAAAAACAUGUUUUUUUUUGUUGCUGUUGUUUUUUUAUGGAUGGGCCAUGUUUUAAAACUUUGUAGAUAACCAGAUCACCAAAACAGAAAUCAAGCAAAUCAGUUCAGCGCAGUGGCUCAGCCCAGGGGAUACAAUUUUUGACGGGGGUAACAACAUUGGCACGCCACCGGCGGGCGUACCAUAUUUAAUGGAUGACAAUCUUGGCGAAAAGUAUAGCUGUACUAUGCAGCCUGAUUUAGAAUUCCCCUCAAGAAUUAUGAGGGGAAAAAAAACAAAAAAAACAAACAUUCAUUUUCAACUUAUUAUCAUGAAUAUUCUUGUAAGUUAAUUUUUAUUGCUGUCACUGCGUUUCGGGGUCAUCAACAUGCUGUACCCCCCUGCCUCAAAAGUCAAAAUCCGCCUUCAGCCCUCCUCCUUUGGCCUCAAACCCUUCCUAAAAUGAAAGGCCUUGCCCUUGUCGGAUGCUGCAAGGUGCUCUGAUGCCUUUCAGGUGGCACGGUGGUAUCCAGAAUGCGCAGUGGUGGCAGCAGCGCUUGGUGGCCGGUCAUCGCUGCUGAAGUACAUUGAAACACACCAAGCCAAGU